GGACUCAAACAGCAUAUAAAAAGCUCUGGAGUCUAGUGUUCCUCACUGAGCUCAGCUAGCUUCUCCUCUCCUUGCUUAUCCCUCUUGGUGAUCCAGUUUCUUCAUCCCCAGCUACUGAAAAGAUGUCCUACCAGAAAACCCAGCCCACACCCCAGCCUCCCGUAGGCUGUGUCAAAGUCUCCGGCGGCGGCGGCGGCGGCGGCGGCGGUGGAAGCGGUGGCGGCUGCGGUGGUGGCUCAGGUGGCAGCGGAUCCGGCUGUGGAGGCGGUAGCAGCGGUGGUGGAGGUGGUGGCUACUGUUACAGCAGCGGUGGCGGCGGCGGCGGCGGCGGCGGCGGCUGCUACAGCAGCGGUGGCGGCGGCGGCGGCGGCUGCUACAGCAGCGGUGGCAGCGGCGGCGGCGGCGGCGGCGGCUGCUACAGCAGCGGUGGCAGCGGCGGCGGCGGCUGUUACAGCAGCGGUGGUGGUUCCAGCGGCGGCUGUGGUGGCGGCUCCAGCGGUGGUGGUUCCAGCGGCGGCUGUGGUGGAGGUUCCAGCGGUGGCGGCUCCAGUGGUGGCGGCGGCUACUACCAAAGCCAUCAGAAGUGUUCCGGUAGCAGCGGCGGCGGAGGAAGUGGUGGCAGUGGAGGCUCCAGCUGUGGAGGCGGCUCUGGCGGCGGCGGCGGCGGCGGCUGCGGAGGUGGUUCUGGCGGUUCCUACUACCCUAGUGGCGGCUGCGGAGGCGGUUCUGGCGGCGGUUCCAGCUGUGGAGGAGGUUCUGGAGGCGGUUCCAGCUGUGGAGGCGGCUCUGGAGGCGGUUCCAGCUGCGGGGGCGGCUCUGGCGGUUCCUACUACCCUAGCGGCGGCUGCGGGGGCGGUUCUAGCGGCGGCGGCGGUGGCGGUAGCUCAAGCUGCGGAGGUGGCUCUGGAGGGUCAGGCGGCUACUAUUCCGGCGGCAGUUCUCAGCAGUGCGCCCAAGCCCCAUCCCAGCAGAGCAGCGGAGGAUCAUACGGAGGAGGCUCCGGCUGCGGCGGAGGCGGCUACAGUGGCGGAGGCUCCAGCUGCGGCGGGGGCAGCUACAGCGGUGGCGGCGGUUCCAGCUGCGGCGGGGGCGGCUCCAGCGGCGGCGGCUACAGCUGCGGCGGGGGCGGCUCCAGCGGCGGCGGCUACAGCUGCGGCGGGGGCGGCUCCAGCGGCGGCGGCUACAGCUGCGGCGGUGGCGGCUCCAGCGGUGGCGGUUCCGGCUGCGGCGGGGGCGGUUACAGCGGCGGCGGUUCCGGCUGCGGCGGAGGCGGCUACAGCGGUGGCGGCUCUGGCUGCGGCGGAGGCGGCUACAGUGGGGGCGGCUCCUCAGGCUGCGGCGGCGGCUCUGGCGGUGGUUCCAGCGGGGGUGGCUCCUCCGGGGGUGGCAAGGGAGUGCCCGUGGCCCACCAGACCCAGCAGAAGCAGAAAUCUUGCUGGCCAACCAAGUAAACCACCCUGCUCAGCACCCAGAGGAAUGAACAAAAAGUUUGUUCCUGCUGUGUUUCAAAGGUUUACAGUUCUCAUGAUAUUGGUUUAAGUUUUACCAAAUACCUUCAGUUCUUCUCAGAUUCCCCUUAAGCCUCUUUGGCAGCUCCAACAUCUGUGUCAUAUUUUCCAGAAUAUUUCACCCGACUGGGAAAAUGUCAUCUUCCCCUCCCCAACCUGUCCACCCUAAUAUCUGUACCACAAUCUUCCUAUUUUGCCCUACGAUAAUAAACUUCCAAUUCAUGAGAA